CUCAUUCCCUCUUUGUGUCAGUCUUUCUCACUGAACAAAAACCUUUCUCUCACGGACACACAGACACUUGAAUCCUGAGCCUUUUGUACCAGAGAAGCAUGGAUUUCAUGGAACUCUUUUUCAUUUCUCUUGGUACUGGAGUUGUGGUGUACUAUGGAGUGAGGCUACUGCUUUUCAGUAGGAUGCUUUUUCCAAAACUGUGGUUUCCACUGCCAAAAACUUUCUUCACCUCAAUGGGAGAGUGGGCAGUGGUGACCGGUUCUUCAGAAGGAAUAGGAAGAGCAUAUGCAUUUGCACUAGCUCAGCGGGGAAUGAACAUUGUAGUCAUGAGCAGAACCAAAGCAAAACUGGAUCAAGUGGCUAAAGAGAUAGGAGAAGCCACGGGGCAGAGGGUGAAAGUGAUAACAACAGAUUUCACCAAAGAAAAUAUCUUCAGUGAAAUUGAAGAGCAACUGAAGGACCUCAACAUAGGAGUUUUAGUCAACAAUGUAGGAACACUGCCUUGCUUCAUUCCCUCCAGAUUCCUUGAGUAUGAUGAGCUGGACAAGACAAUUACCAAAGUGAUGAACUGCAAUGUGAAGACGAUAGCCAAGAUGUGCAAAAUUAUUCUCCCAGGCAUGGCGAACAGAGGGAAAGGGAUGAUAUUGAAUGUUUCUUCUGGAAUUGCUUCUAUCCCAUUUCCCCUGUACGCCCUGUACGCUGCAUCAAAGGUGUUUGUGGAAAGAUUUUCUCAAGGUCUACAAGCUGAAUACAAAAAUAAGGGGAUUAUUAUCCAGUCAGUGGCUCCAUUUGGGGUAUCCACUCGAAUGGCUGGGUUCCAAAAAACUAACAUGGUGACUUUUUCACCAGAAGACUUUGUAAAAUAUUCGCUGCAGUACGUCAGCGCUGGAGACAAAACAAAUGGAAGCGUCUGUCAUACAGUUCUGAGCUGGUUGCUGCAGACUAUUCCACUUAAGAUUCUCUAUGCAGAACCUAUGUUGCAAGGCUUACAAGACUACGUCAAGCAAAAACUAAUGCAGGCUGGAUUGGUCUAAAUCAAAUCAAAUCAGAAAUAAACAUGAAGAAGUUUGUAUGAAAUAUUUCUAGCCAUAAAGAAAUGUAUUAUGUAUUUUUAUGCAGCAUUAUCAUGUAACUAAUGGAUGUAAUUUGUGAAAGUAUCAUUAUUUACUGUGUUCAUUGUGUGCAUAUUGUGUUUAUUGUAUGCGGUGACAGCGUUUUAGUAAUUUUGCCUCUGUACACCACCACAGUGGGUUUUAAAUCAGUGAAUGAAGAUGUGAUUGAAGCGUAAACUUUUGGCUUUAAUUCAAGGGGUUUAACAAACUGUUUAGGAAUUCAAAAGCAAUUUAAAAGCAUGCUCUGUUGGCUUAAGAUCAGGUAACUGAUUUGUUUAUUUAAGAAUAUCCCAUUUCUCUGGCUUAAGAAACUCUGCUAUAGCAGUAUGCUUUGGGUCCAUUUACACCGUGAAGCGCUGUGCAGUCUGUUUUCUGCAGCACGUGGUCGAAUCUGAGAACUGUAUACUUCAGAAUUCAUCCUGCUACUUCUAUCAGCGGUUACAUCAUCAAUACACAGUUGUAACUCAGUUCAAAAGACAGUCCAACAUGCCCAGGCUGUAACAUUGCCUUCAUGUGUGACAGGCAUGCUGGUGUGCUUCAGAUCAUAAGUUCUUCUCUCCAUGCUUUUCUUUUUCCAUCAACAGGUUAAUCUUGGUUUCAUCUGUCCGAAGACUGAUUUAUUCUUUUUUUGUGGAGCUAUGCAGGUUCGUUUAGAUGUUUUCUGGGAAAGUCUAAUCAGGCUUUCUUGUUCUUGACUGUAAACAGCGAUUUGCAUCUUGCUAUAAACCGUCUGUAUUUAUGUUCAUGAAGGCUUCGCUUGAUUGUAGACGUAGACGCGCCUACCACCUCGAGAGUGUUCUCGACCUGGGUUGAUGUUGAAAAGGUUUCUUUCUUUCUUUGUUUUGGUUUAACCAUCAAAAUAAUUCUGCCAUCGCCUACUUUUGUAAUCUUUGUGUGGUCUUUCAGGCAUUUUGGUGUUCCUGAGCUGGUCAGUGUUUGGUCACUCCUAAAGUUUUUGCUAUCUCUCAGAUGAUUUUGUUUGUUUUUUUCAGUCUAUGGCCUCCCUUACUUGUACUGACAUCUUUGAAAUUCCAGUGAACAGUUACUAAAUCCACAUUCAACACAGAAUCAGCUUCAGAAUAACAGGGGAACAGGCCUCGCCCGGCCAUGAUGUUACUUGUCAGUCAACUGGCCAAUUAAUUUUUACAGUUGACUGACAAAACUGGUUGUGUACUAAAAAUAAAAAGUUAUAACAUCUACACAGUUAGUGCAUUGCGUUUGUCACCCCACUGUUUUCCUGUAAAACACACGUCUAUAAAUUACAUUCUUAAUUUAAUCUCCAAGUCUUCAUCUUAUAGUGUUUGUUCACUCAAAUAAAUGAAAUAUCACCAUUGUUGGUUUUAAACAAUAUUGUUACUGAACAAAUGAUGCUUUUCAAGUUUACUUGAGUAAUUAGUGUUAUUUCAAUGUAAUACUGUGCACUCAUAAACAAGCUUUUCGAUUUGCUUUAAAAAAAACUUAGGUCAAGUUAUUCCACCCAACUGUAAAGUAACUUGUUGUAAUCAAGCUGUUUGUUAGGAGUUAACAUGGGUGUAUGGAACUACUUAACAUAACCUUUUUAAGUAAAUCCCAAAAACUUAUUUAUGAGUGUUCCUGUCAAUAGAAAAAUGAUGUCGUGUUUCUCCUUCUUUGCACCUUCAGUUUUACAGUUCAGAUAUAGAUCUCUUACUCCACACAGUUAUUAAUUCUGAUGCAAUUCAAGGUUAAAAUUUACAUAACUUUCUCAUAUGUGGCUAAGCACCGAUAACAGUGACAAAUGUGUGUGUGUGAGUGUCUACAUAUCUUGUAGAGAUAUGAGUAAUAAUAAUAAUAAUGACACCUUAUCUGCUAAACGGAAGGACCUGUCUUGUUCCAUUAAUUCACUCACACACACACACACACACACACACACACACACACACACACACACACACACACACACACACACACACACACCUUUAACUGUCAUUAGCAUCCUCUAUUCUCCUCUGAGAUCAAGAAAACAUUUGCUCACGUGAUGGGAAGACACGAUCAUCUCAGGGUCAGACUCUUUUCUAAUCCACAGCAGGAGUUUGGGACAGAGACUUAUCAGCUUCUACCCGCAUCCUCAGAAAUUAGUCUGACAGUGUGCUGCAAACAGCAUGAUAUACAGUGUUUAAAGAAUACAAAACCUUCCCUCGUCUGUGUAUGUAUAUAUGCUGACACGCACAGCUGUUUUAAUUAGCAUGUGCUUCAGUGAUGUCUGACCUAAAAGGGUCACUAAUCACACGGGGACAGGGGUGUUUAGACAACCGUGAUGAAUGAUCCUCCCCAUGAGAGAUAGUGUGGGGAAUAAGAAAAAAAGAAGGAGUGAGAAGGGGGAGGAAGGUCAGAGUGACCCUGAGCUUAGAUAGUCUAUUCCUAGUCUGAAUGUUUAAAAAAAAUAAAAAAAAUAAAAAUAAAUCACUGUCGUUUAAAUUAUUUUAAUGUUUUUUUGGUUUAUGUAUAUUCAUUUGAAAAUGAAAGGAAAGAAAAAAGAAAGAAGGAGUAUUUAUCAUACCAACACAAACAGGGUGACAAAAGAGUAACUAGUAAAUCAUACCUCAUGAAAAAUAAAGAUGUGUUUUAACUGA